CGUUAAACAAAGAGUGUCGUUGCAAAGUGCUGAUUUUUGGAUAACUUGCCUGUUCAUAGGAAGAACCUGAGGUUUUAGCCUUCCAAAACCCUCAAAUUCUCAUUUAUAAAAUUAUCCCCAAAAACAGGGAGAAAAAUUCUCCAGGUCAGUUUUGUAUCUCAAUUUAUUUUUCCUCAAUUUUAUUCAAAUGUAUUGAUUCAUAUCCUGUUGAUUUUUUGAACUGCCAUUUCUAAUGGGUUCUAAGCUGUUUUUCCCUUCCCCUAAAACCAUGCAAUCCACUCCAAUACCACUGUUUCUCUCCUGCAAAACCACAAUUUCUGAAAAUCCAAUCUUUUUCCCAAAACCCCGUCUUAAUAUAUCUGUAAAAUCAUCUCUUAGGUCAUCAUUUUUGGGCCAAAGUUUGAUUUUUGGGCAAAAUGAAUUUGGGUUUUGCAAAAGUAGGAAAACUCAUGUCCCAAUUUGCCCAAUUAGAGCUGCUGUUAAGAGAAGGAAAGAACUCCCAUUUGAUAAUGUUGUUCAAAGAGAUAAGAAGCUUAAAUUGGUUUUGAAAAUUAGGAAGAUUUUAGUGAGUCACCCUGAUAGAACUAUGCCCCUUAGAGAAUUGGGCAAGUAUAGGAGAGUAUUGGGUUUACAGCGGGGGAGGCGGUUUAUCGCCCUGUUAAAGAAGUUUCCAAAUAUUUUCGAGAUUGAGGAAGAAGGGGCAUACAUGCUUAGGUUUAAGUUGACCCCUGAAGCUGAGAGGUUGUAUUUUGAGGAGUUGAAGAUUAGGAACGAAAUGGAGACAUUGUUGGUUGUUAAGUUGAGGAAGUUGUUGAUGAUGUCAUUGGAAAAACGGGUUUUGUUGGAGAAGAUUGGGCAUUUGAGGACUGAUCUUGGUCUUCCUUUAGAAUUCAGGGAUACCAUUUGUCAUAGAUAUCCUCAGUACUUUAAGGUUGUCCAAACUGAUCGAGGUCCGGCUUUGGAAUUGACUCAUUGGGACCCUGAGCUUGCGGUUUCAGCUGCAGAGAUGGAUGAAGAAGACAAUCGCGCUAGGGAGUUGGAAUCAAAGAAUUUGAUCAUAGAUAGGCCUUUGAAGUUUAAUAGAGUGCAGCUACCUAAGGGUUUAAAAUUGUCCAAAAAUGAGAUGAGAAGGAUUUGUCAGUUUAGGGAUAUGCCUUUUAUAUCCCCGUACUCGGACUUUUCACAUUUUUCACCUGGUACAGCAGAGAAAGAGAAGCAUGCUUGUGGAGUUGUUCAUGAGCUUUUGAGCCUCACUGUUGAGAAGAGGACCCUAGUUGAUCACUUGACUCAUUUCCGGGAAGAGUUUCGGUUCUCACAACAACUGAGAGGGAUGCUGAUUAGACAUCCUGAUCUGUUUUAUGUAUCCCUUAAAGGAGAUAGGGACUCUGUGUUCCUUCGUGAAGCAUAUCGUGGCUCAAACUUGGUUGACAAGGACAGGCUGCUAAUUGUAAAGGAGAAGAUGCGGGCUCUUGUUAACGUACCUAGAUUUCGGAGGAGGGGUUCUGACAAGAGUGAGGAUGAAACUACCAAGGAGCAAGGUGAAAUUAGUGAAGGAGAGGAUGGAGAGUGGUCUGAUUUUGAUAAUGUUGCUGAUGAUGAGUUUGAUGAUGAUGAUGGAAAUGAUGACGAUGGUGAUGAUGAAGAUUAUGAGGAUCUUUGGAGUGAUGAAGAUGAUACUCCCCCAGAUUUUGAUGAUGCCAAUGAUAACGUGAGGGUCAAAGUAAGCAAAAAAGAGGAACAGUUUGAUCCCGUGCCACUGAAUGCUGAAGAACGUGUUCCUGUUUUCCCUGAUGGACGACCUAGGGAACGGUGGUGAAGGAGUCAUGUUUUCAACUUCUUUAAUGUGAUCCUUCCUGUGGGAAAAAAUGUCACUGAGUGAUUGAGGCAGUGAGAUUGCAAUCUAAGCUAGAUCCUCUUUCUCUGAAAUAGACUAGGUAAGUUUAUGUAGUUGAGAUGAUUAUGCUUCCUUAGUAAUUGUAGAGAAAUAGCUCGCUCUUCUUGAUGGUGUAAAAUGUUAUUUUGAGUCUGAUAUAUAGUUGGUUUACUGCUUUUGUUUAGAACUCGUAUAUGAUUCUUGCUACUAGCAAUUUGUUG